AUGCGGCCGGCGGCCAACAAGCAGCCGGGCGGCGGCGGCGACGACGAGAUCGAGCUCGUCGGCACGACGGGUUCGAACGCGCUGGCCGACUUCCCGCACGCGCGCGAGAACUGCGUGACGUGCCCGUUCCACGCGGACCCGCGGAAGCACUGCGCCAACUGCUACUGCUACGUCUGCGACGCGCCCGCCGCCAAGUGCGGGAGCUGGGACCGCCACUGCGAGGCGACGGCCGGCGACCCCUACUGGCGGAAGCAGCGCGAGGCCGCGCGG